AUGGCAGCACCAACAGCAUUAAAGGCUUCCAGCCAAUCUUCAGAAUCGGCUAUUGCGACUCCAAAGUCUCGUAUCGUCGGUUUAGAUAAUACGAAGACUAUGGACAUCGAUGACGAUGAUAAUGUAUUAAUGAACCAGGAUGAAAACACCGAAGACCAACAAGAUCUAGUACCUGAAACUAAUGAAGGCGAGGAUAAAGGUUUGGUUUUAGGAGCUGAUGGAAAACCCAAGUUUGGUGCAGCUGCCAAAACAGCGGAAACUAAAGUCAAGUUGGAAAGUAGAAAAGUACCUGUCCCACCCCAUCGUAUGACACCUCUACGUAACAACUGGAGCAAGAUUUAUCCACCAUUGGUUGACCACUUGAAACUACAGGUUAGAAUGAAUCUAAAAACUAAAUCAGUGGAGCUCAGAACACAUCCAAAGCACACAGUUGACUCAGGAGCACUACAGAAGGGAGCCGACUUCAUAAAGGCUUUUACAUUAGGUUUUGAUUUGGAUGACUCGAUUGCUCUAUUGAGGCUGGAUGAUCUUUAUAUUGAGACCUUUGAGAUUAAAGAUGUUAAGACCUUGAACGGUGAUCAUUUGUCACGUGCUAUUGGUCGUAUUGCAGGUAAGGAUGGUAAGACCAAAUUUGCAAUUGAGAAUGCUACGAGGACCAGGAUUGUCCUAGCAGACUCCAAGAUUCAUAUCCUAGGCGGGUUUACCCACAUUAGGAUGGCAAGAGAGGCUGUUGUUUCGUUAAUUUUGGGUUCACCUCCGGGUAAAGUUUACGGUAACUUAAGAAUUAUUUCAUCUAGGCUGAAGGAGCGUUACUAA